UCAUCCUAAUUUUCAUUUCUUCUGACAUUAACCUUCCCAUGUUUCAGAAUACCAUCAGUUGUAGAGUAGCUGAAGUCUCUUCUUGAUCGGGUUCUCCUGGAUCUAAAUGGUGUUUGGUGAUAUGUUCAGGUGAAAAAUGCAAGAUGCAAAGAAGAUUGAGAUCGCUAAACCUAUGGCAGCAAGGCCUUCCAAAUUCAGAUCCAUCCCCGACCUCCUUGCAAGAGGCGCAAGUUCUCCUCCUGCAUCUUCUUUUCCUGAGGAAACAGUUGCCAUCAAACCAAAGACUACGAGACUUAAAUCCUCAUCACAUGAUUCUGCAGCUAGAGUUGUUUCUCCAGCCGAUGAUGAAUCAGAAUCAGUUCCCUCUCGUUUGUCGGAGAAGGUAUCUGUGACAACCAUGAGAGCAGAGUUUGAAUCAAAUGUUUUAUACAAACCUACUGCAAAAUUUAUUUCGAGGGCCACUGCUUCUCUCUUGGCGAAUCUGAGAAACGUAGAUGCCGUUCAUCAACAGCCUGCUGCGAAUAAUCAACUCCCAGUUCAAGUUCUAGAGAAAGUAAAACCAAAUUACAAUUACCAUCCUACCUACAGCCGUCAGCGGAUUUCACCUUCGCAGUUUGAUACGAAGCAGACUUACGAGCCUUCAAACUUGGUGCCUCAGAACAUGGAACCUGAUAUGAGGACUCAGCAAUCCAUAGGUAGUGGAGAUCGGCCGUCUUACGAUGGUUACAAUUGGAGAAAGUAUGGGCAGAAGCAAGUCAAAGGUAGCGAGUACUCGAGAAGCUACUACAAAUGCACAAACCCUACAUGUCCUGUCAAGAAGAAAGUGGAGAGAUCAUUUGAAGGACAAAUAGCCGAAAUAGUCUACAAGGGUGAGCACAAUCAUCCAAAGCCUCAACCUCCCAAGCGACAGUCAUCAGGUCCACAAGAGCAGGUCUUCGUCGCCGAAGAGUAUGGGAGUGAGACUCUCAAAUCAUUAUGGAGUAAUUGUGUGUUAGAAAUGAGUGUGUCCACUGGAAGUAUGGAUAACCUUAACGAAGUCAGUUUGUGUGGGAUUCUUACCUAUCCAGGGCAGAUGACGUUUUCCCAUGAUCCUCAUGCCGCUAGCUCGCAAGUUGGCAGAGCCGGAAGCAGAGCACUUAGUGUGGAUCAUCAGAAGCUUGAUUGCAAGAGAAGGAAGAAUGAUGAUCAAGUUAGUGGAGUGAACGGUGCUGCAGAAGGUGUCGCAGAACGUCACUCGGGGAUGAAUACCUCCACGGAAUCUGAAAUCUCUGGAGAUGGCUAUCACUGGAGAAAGUACGGACAGAAAGUGGUGAAAGGAAAUACUUAUCCAAGAAGUUACUACCGAUGCACCGACCCCAAAUGCAAUGUGCGUAAGUACGUCGAGAGGGCUUCAGAUGAUUCAGGUUACUUUGUCACUACGUAUGAGGGGAAGCACACUCAUGAGAUGCCGGCUAGAACAAUGAACUUUGCUGCUUGUGACCCUGACGCAGCAGCUCCUCAUCACCCAUUUAUAACAUGAAUCCAUACCAUCACCCAACAAUUUUCAUCUUACGCUCUCCAUGAGAAGAUGAUGAAGAAGUUACUCCCCGGUCACAGCAAAACUACUAACAUCUACGUUGUGUCUAUAUGUCAGCUGUGGUCUUAGGAAGCCUUUUAGAAUUACUUCCGUUCCCUCUUGCUACUUCAUCACUACUUCAUAGUACUUACUAUAAGCUAAAUAGGCCUCACGCCUCACACAGGUAACUUACUUUUUGAUGCAUCAAAGGUGUAUUGAUAUAUGAAUUGUACUUUUUUAUAUCAUUUUGACGUAGUUUCAUUACAAUAACUCUGUUGGGAUAUAA